ACUGACUCGGUGUUUGUUGGGAGGGAGUGGCUGUUCCGCGCCAUCGAAGAGAGACUGAAGGACACUGAUGCGGCAGCGAGCCGGGGAGCAGUUGUCACUGGAAAUGUGGGAUUUGGGAAGACGGCCGUUAUCUCGCGGCUGGUGGCACUUAGCUGCCAUGGGACUCGCAUGCGGCAGAUAGCGUCCAACAGCCCUAACCCCUCCCCCAAAAGUGGCGACUCCUGUCAGGAGAUUCCCUUAAGUCAGUUGCCUCCGUCCGCUCCCCCAGCCAGCACUGCCGGCACGCUGAAGACUCCGGAUUGCGCCGCUGGUCCUGAAUCCCGAAAGGAAGCAGGUGACUCCGUGAGCCGCCUUGCUUCCAAGGUCGUUGCUUACCACUACUGUCAAGCUGACAACACGUACACGUGUCUCGUCCCGGAGUUCGUGCACAGCGUUGCCGCGUUACUCUGUCGUUCUCAUCAGUUGGCAGCGUACAGGGAUCUCCUCGUCAGAGAGCCUCACUUGCAGAGCAUGCUUAGCCUGAGAUCCUGCGUCCAGGAGCCAGCAGCAGCUUUUCAGAGGGGAGUGCUGGAACCGCUGUCACACCUCAGGAAAGAGCGGAAGAUUCCUGAGGAAGACUACAUCAUUCUGAUAGAUGGUUUAAAUGAGGCUGAAUUUCAUAAGCCCGAUUACGGUGACACGCUGUCUUCGUUUAUCACAAGCAUCAUUUCGAAGUUUCCAUCCUGGCUGAAGCUCAUUGUGACUGUAAGAACAAACUUCCAGGAAGUAGUAAGUUCACUGCCCUUUGUCACAAUAUCCCUGGACAGUUUUCCAGACAACAAAGAAAUUCAUGAUGACUUGAAUGCGUAUAUUCAGUACAGGAUUAAUAACAGCCAGGAAAUUAUAAACAACAUAUCUUUAAAUGGAAAAGCUGAUGCAGCUAUUAUUGGGAAAGUGAGUAACCACCUGAUCACGAGAAGCCUGGGAUCUUAUCUCUAUCUGAAACUCACUCUGGAUCUUUUCCAAAAAGGUCACUUAGUAAUCAAAAGUGCGAGCUACAAGGUUGUUCCCGUCUCUCUGUCAGAACUGUACUUACUGCAGUGCAACAUGAAGUUCAUGACAAACUCCGCCUUUGAGCGGGCCCUGCCAAUACUCAACGUGGCGCUGGCAUCCCUCCAUCCCAUGACGGAUGACCAGAUCUUCCAGGCUAUUAACGCAGGCCAGAUACAUGGUGAACAAGAGUGGGAAGACUUCAGCCAAAGGAUGGAAGCCCUUUCGUGUUUUCUGGUAAAGAGACGUGACAAAACACGCAUGUUCUGCCACCCUUCCUUCAGGGAAUGGCUUGUUUGGAGAGCCGACGGAGAAAAUACGGACUUCCUGUGUGAGCCAAGGAAUGGACACGCUCUGCUGGCCUUCAUGUUUUCUCGACAAGAGGGGAAGUUAAACCGCCAGCAGACUAUGGAACUUGGCCAUCAUAUACUGAAAGCUCACAUCUUUAAGGGUCUCAGUAAAAGGACUGGGGUUUCUUCCAGUCAUCUCCAAGCCCUGUGGGUUGGUUAUAGCACUGACGGACUGUCUGCAGCCCUCGCUUCUCUGAGGAACAUCUACACGCCCAAUGUGAAGGUGAGUCGGCUGCUGAUCCUGGCAGGAGCAAACGUGAAUUACAGGACUGAAGUACUAAAUAAUGCUCCAGUGCUGUGUGUUCAGUCACACCUUGGGCAUGAAGAAAUGGUCACUCUUUUACUAGAGUUUGGAGCUGCUAUUGAUGGACCCUCAGAAAGCGGGAUGACAGCCCUCAGUUACGCAGCUGCUGCGGGCCACAUGAACAUCGUCUCACUGCUGUGCAGAAAAGGUGCCAAGGCUGACUGCGUCGACAAGAAGGGCCAGUGUGCUGUGGUCCACAGCGCACUGCGAGGGCACUGCCAUGUCCUGGAGUACUUGCUCAGUGUGGUUUGGAGAACGCCUUCCCAAGAGCAGAAUUCACCAAGGAGGAGCCAGGCGCUGCAGCAGGCGCUGACCGCGGCUUCCAGCAUGGGACACCGCCAGGUAGUUUGGCACAUCUUGACAACGGAGACGGAGCGUGAAGUCGACGUCAAUGACACCGAUGCCCUGUGGGGGGAAACAGCCCUGACAGCUGCUGCUGGAAGAGGAAAGCUGGACGUCUGCGAGCUGCUGCUUGGCCACGGAGCGGUUGUGACGAGAGCUAAUCGGAGAGGGACUCCCCCGCUUCUCUGUGCCGUUCGGCACGGGCACUGGCAGGUUGCUCAGCUCCUGGUGGCGCACGGCUCUGACGUGAACGAGAGUGACAGGCAGGGCCGAACGCCACUCAUGGUGGCCUCGUGCGAAGGGCAUCUGAGCACCACGGAGUUCCUGCUCUCUGCAGGUGCAACCAUUUCGUCUCUGGACAAAGAGGGCCUGUCAGCCUUGAGCUGGGCGUGUCUGAAAGGCCACAGGGAGGUGGUGCAGUACCUAGUGGAGAACGGUGCGGCCACCGACCAGACGGACAGAAACGGGCGAACGCCCCUCGACCUGGCAGCGUUCUACGGAGAUGCCGAUAUUGUGCAGUAUUUGGUGGAGAAAGGAGCAGUCAUCGAGCACGUGGAUCACAGCGGCAUGCGGCCCCUGGACAGAGCCAUCGGAUGUCGGAACACGGCCGUAGUGGUUAUGCUGCUGAGAAAAGGAGCUAAACUGGGAAACGCAGCGUGGGCAAUGGCCACCUCAAAGCCCGAAAUCCUCCUUAUUCUGCUCCAGAAACUGAUGGAAGAAGGGAAUGUGCUGUACAAAAAAGGCAAGAUGAAGGAAGCCGCGCAGCGCUAUCAGUACGCCUUGAGGAAGUUCCCGAGGGAACGCUUUGGAGAAGAGAUGAAAGCGUUCAACGAGCUGAGAGUUGCGUUAUACCUGAACCUGUCACGGUGUCGCCGAAAAACAAACGACUUCGGCAUGGCGGAGGAGUUCGCUACCAAGGCCUUGGAUCUGAAACCCAAGUCCUACGAGGCCUAUUACGCCAGAGCACGAGCCAAGAGGAACAGCAGGUGGAUGCGCAGGAGGCGGGCGAUGCUGAACUCGGCUUUCCCCAGGCUUUUAGUAAGUUUACUUUGUUGUUCUCAACAGAAAGCUGCUGGCUGCUCUUGCUGACGCGUCGAGGAGGAGUGCAAACAGCUCCAGAGAACGCAGCAACAGAAGCAUCAGUCGCCUCAGCAGCCGCAGCAUGUGCACGACUCCGAGAGUGAGGAGGGCCUCACGCAGGGUGCGGGUGAUCAUUUUAAUCUUCAGGACAGGGAGGAAGAACAGCCAUGCCCUGAUGAGGCCGUUGCCUCGCACACGCAGCCCCGCACUGUUAAACCUAACCAGCACCUGAGCUCCAUCCAGCCCGGCUCCAAGCUGGGCAGCAGUCAGAGUCACGCAAAGCCGCAGUCAUCGCUUCAGCACCUUCCCCAAAGCCCCCUGCCAGUGCGGCACGCGAAACUGCAGCCCGCGGAUGGGACGAGCACAGCGUCGGCCGGGGGUGUCCCCGCGGGUCCUGGUUCGGAACUGUACCACGAGAAGUUUGCGGCCAGCCCCUGCUCCCGCCCGCGGCACCCUGAGUCCCUCUCUUCUCGUUCUUCUGCAAAUAA